GUUUGAAACUGUGCCUGCAGCGAUGUUCACCUCCUUCAGAUGCUUCACAGAUGGCUGUUCCGACUAUCAAGGGAGGCCCUUGCAGGAGCAGUUGCGCAUGAACUCUGACAUGGGCGGAAUCUUUAUGUUUGCGUACAUCCUUCUCUUUCUUUUCGUCACCAUCGGGAUUUUCAACUUGAUCAUGGCAGUGUUCAUUGACAAUGUGACCGAUGGCAGCACGAAGAAGAGACAACGCCAGCUGGGGCAGAAUGCGCCCAAGACGGAGUAUGUCAUAGCAAACACUCUCAGACACAUAAUCCUGGUGAAUCUCCUAAAGAGGGAGGCUGAGGAGGAGCUCAAAGAGGAUGAACGAAAUGGGGGCAACGAUGGGAGACGCAUUUCCAAUACCCUCAACGAGAAGCUCUUAGCUCUCCAGGAGAUGUAUGGCUACAAGCCACACACGACCGAAGAAUACAAUGAACUCACAGACAAAAUUCGGGACGAGAUGGCGGAACGCGACAUUGUGGUGACGAAAGAUCAGUUCAACCACUGGCUCACGACUGAGAAGGAAUUCAUCGGCAGGCUGGAUGACUCUGAGAUCGAUUUGUCCUGCAAGUUUGACCUUUUCGAUGUCCUCGACGCUGACCUCAGCGGAGAGCUCGAGUUUGAGGAAAUGGUCGAUGGACUACUGAAAUGUCGUGGGCCAGCGUCGAAGACCGACAUCAUUGCCAUCAGGCUUAAAACAGCCUUGCUCGUGAAAAUGAUGACGAGAUUAUGUGAAAAGCUGGGAAUCGACGAUCUGUAAUGUGUAACAUCAGGGUGGAGCAAGUGCAGCAACACAGGGCUUACAUUCAAAUUUUGGAUUGGCAAUCCCGCCAUAUCCAGCCAGCGUCGUAGGAUCUUUAGAGGUAUAGCGCCACCCUUGUGUUUUCGUAGCUGGAAGUGCGUGCAGAGGUCUUGGCUCUGCCAGCUCGACUUGAUUUAGAAUGCACAAUCCUGCGAAGCAGGUCUAGGGAAACGGCGCCAGGCAUCCAAGGUUUCUUACCUGCAAAGCAGAGAUUUUGAUUGCCUUGAGCCGGCCGCGCAGUAUGAUCUCGAGUUUAUGAAGGCUUUGCCGAUUUGAUCUUAAUUGAAC